AUCUGAAUGAGUGUGGACUAAAGCCGCGGCCGUGCAAACACCGGUGUAUGAAUACCUACGGCAGCUACAAGUGCUACUGUCUGAAUGGCUACAUGCUUAUGCCAGAUGGAAUGUGCUCGAAUGCCCUUACUUGCUCGAUGGCAAACUGUCAAUAUGGCUGUGAUGUACUGAAAGGGGAAGUACGCUGCCGUUGUCCUUCUCCAGGACUGCAGCUAGGGCCUGAUGGAAGGACUUGCAUAGAUAUUGAUGAAUGUGCUACUGGGAGAGUUAUCUGUCCACGAUUUAGGCACUGCGUCAAUACUUUUGGAAGCUACAUUUGCAGGUGUCAUAAAGGCUUUGAUCUAAUGUACAUCGGAGGCAAAUACCAAUGCCAUGAUAUAGAUGAAUGUUCCCUUGGCCACCAUCAGUGUGGUAGUUUUUCACGAUGUUACAAUACACCAGGAUCCUACAAAUGCAAGUGUAAAGAAGGGUACAGAGAGAAUGGAACAAACUGCAUACUUAUUCUUAAUGUUAUGAUUGAACCACCUGGUCCCUAUCAUAUAUUCAAGGGCAACAGCAUGCUCCCUAAGGGAGGCAGUGGUAUAACCAAUAGGAUUCCUGAUGUUGAAGGCACAAGGCAACCCCUCAGACCACCAUAUGUACUUGCUAUUGUUACAGAAAGGCCGGUGACCAGGCCAACAACUCGUCCUACACCCAGGCCAACAACUCGGCCUACACCCGGGCCAACGACUCAUCCUACACCCAGGCCAACAACUCGACCUACACCUGGGCCAACGACUCAUCCUACACCCAGGCCAACAACUCGACUGACACCAAAGCCAACCACUAGGUAUGUGCCAGUGACAACAAGGCCAGUAACAAAGCCAGUGACGAGACCUCCACCUCCACCCCCACCUCAAGCUACAACGUUAAGACCUACACUACCACCACAAAGAACUCCUCUGAUAACAACUGAAGAGCCUUCACAUAUUCCUGUUGAAACUACAUCUUCCCAAGGAAUUACAGAUGACAACAGGAUCCAGAUAGAUCCUCAGAAACCUCGAGGAGAUGUGUUCAUUCCACGCCAGCCUGGAGUGAGCAAUAAUCUACUUGAAAUACUUGAAAUUGAAAGAGGGAUUACUGCCGAUGAAUUUGAAGCAAACGAUGACCCAGGUGUGCUGGUACACAGCUGUAAUUUUGAUAGUGGACUGUGCGGAUGGAUCAAGGACAAAGAUGAUGAUUUGCACUGGGAACCGGUGAGAGAUGUGUCAGGGGGACAGUAUCUUACUAUCUCUGACCCCAAAGGCAAAGAAGGAAGAGUAGCACAUCUUAUCCUGCCAUUGGGUCACAUGGCUCAGGCCAGUGACUUGUGCCUGUCGUUUAGGCAUAAGGUGCCUGGACUGCAUUCUGGUGCCCUCCAAGUCUUUGUAAGGAAAAACGGUGCUCAUGGACCUGCCGUUUGGGGAAGAAAUGGUGGCCAUGGCUGGAGACAGACACACAUAACUUUACGAGGACUAGGCAUCAAGAGUGUUAUUUUCAAAGGGGAGAAAGGGAAAGGAAGAACUGGCGAUAUUGGACUAGAUGAUGUGAUCUUGAGGAGAGGACGCUGCUCUGAAGAGCAUUAGCAAAGUCAAUGGGACCAGCACAGUCAUCUCCUCUAGCCCUUCUUGUGCUAUUC